UUAGAGUCAUCCAGACACAUGAGUGAGCGUAGCAGCGCACAUAUAUCGCUCUAAAACAAAUUUUUACUUUGUCAUUCCAUCAUUUUAUGAACUGUACAAUUGUGUAAAUAGAUUUUUAUUUUUUUUAUAACGAGCCAACAUGAAGAUGGAACUUAAUUCUCUCUUACUGUUGCUGGAGGCUGCAGAGUACUUGGAAAGAAGAGACAGAGAGGCAGAACACGGGUAUGCGUCUGUUUUACCAUACAGCAGCGACUAUUCACGAAAGAAAACGAAAGCCUCGCCGAUUUCCAGAAAAACUAAAAACAAUAGAUCACACAACGAGCUGGAGAAACACAGACGUGCCAAACUACGACUCUACUUGGAGCAGCUGAAGAAGCUGGUGCCUUUGGGUCCAGACAGCACACGACACACCACUCUGAGCUUGCUGAAAAGGGCCAGGAUGCACAUCAAGAAGCUGGAAGAGCAGGACAAGAAGGCUUUAAACAUGAAGGAGCAGCUUCAGAGAGAGCACCGCUACCUCAAACGCCGCCUGGAGCAGCUGUCUGUGUCGGGAUCCGUGGAGCGGAUCCGCACCGACAGCAUGGGCUCCACCAUUUCCACUGACUCAGAGCAAGAUGUGGACAUCGAGGGCCUUGAGUUCACCCCUGGCGAGGGAGACAGCGUGGACAGCGUGAGCGACGUCGAGGAGGAGGAGGAGGAGGAAGAGGAGGAGGAGGACCACUACAGCCUCCAGAGCAGCUCCAGCGACACCAGCUACACGGCAGCCACACAUUCCCACAGACUGCAGCCGCACCACUGUUAGGCACUGCCCCCCCCACCCCUCCCCCUCCCGUAUCUCUUCACCAGCUCCCUCACCUAUGCUUUCCUCUCUUCCUUUCCUCCCUUCACUCGCAGUCGCCCGCCGCCCCCUUGCCUUUCACCAGACCGGUCCACAGCUGCGGUACGCCCUGAACCUGUUCCUCCUUUCCUGACCGCGGCUCUCCAGGAAGCGAGUAGAGCUGACUCGCCACUCAAGCCCCCCGAACCCUCCCUCCCUCCCUCCCUCGCGCUGCCCUCACAACCCCUUCCUAACGCUGCUCAGAGAGCAUAGAGCAGAGCUUGUGGUUUUUAUCUGAUUUUUCUGUGGUGAGGUGGACAGCUUUGACUUGUUAAUUGGUGCAUGUGUGUGUGCUGGAGAGAGAGGGGGGGGGGGGUUCAAGAGGUCAAGAACAAGCUUCAGUCAUAUUCCAGUGGCAAUAAUACACAGAUGAAGCUUUGCACUAAAUUUGGGAAGUAAAAGGAAAAAAAACACUUAUGUUUAUUGAGAAAAUAUGCAACAUUUGGACCUCAAGGUCACUUUCCAUCACACGCAAUCUUCCAUUUCCACAGUGAGGCGUCCGCAGACAGGCAGAAUCUAAGGGUUUAGUGGGUAGACUUAAGUAAUAUUCCUUCAGUUUGAACAGACCCAGGCUACUGGCUGUUCCUUCAUACCAUCUCUGUAACCGUAAGUGUCAUCAAGCUUCUCAAACUCUGACUGAGGAGUCCAACAGUGUUGAGCCACCUCUCCAAGCUCUCACAAGUACAUCAUACUUUUUUUUUUUUUUUUUAAACCAGAAGACAACCUGAAAAGUGUCAGAACUGUUGCAGAGUAGAAAUAAUGUAAAUAGAUGUACAGUUACUGUCCCAUACGCUUGCGUCCCCCUCUGGUUGGGUCACCUAACCACUACUCCACACUACUGACCACUACACUAUACCACCCUAUGGUGUGGAUGGACUACUAUGUCAAAAAAAAGAGAGAGAGAGUUGUCUCACAACUAUAAAACUCCUGUUUUUCUUUCUCAGUAGCAAAUUGAUGUAGCAAUAAGUACCAGAGUUUCUCCUCUGAGUGUUGAAUUAAUCCCGGUGGACUGUGAGGCGUUAAUGGGAGACAUUUUUUUUCUUCUUUUUUUUUUUUUUCCCCUUUAUCCCCUUCCGCCUGUAGAUGGCAAGCUGUUGCUUUCAGGAUGUGGAACUGCAGACCUUUUAAUCUUAUUCAUUAAUGGUUCCUCUUCUGUCAUCUACCAAACAACAACAAAAAGACAUUUACAUUUCUCUGCAGCUUUGUUGCUUUUCUGGUUGCAUUCAGGUUCAGGUUUUGGGCUCUAAUUAACAAGUCAAAGCUGGAUCUUUUUUGGGGCGGGUUGUAAUGAUUUGUUCUAUGUGAAGGAGGUCAGUGUAGCCUACUUAUGCUAAUCACAUUCUCUUCCCUCUGCUUCCCCUUACUCCCCCCCAAACUGUACUCUAACUUCUGCGCAAGAGUCACGAUUGACGGGAUGAGGCGCUUCUGUUGCUCUCUGGUCAUUUAAUAGUCAGUAGCCCCCAGUCUCUCGCAGUCUCUAGAGCUUGGCACUUUAAAAACAAAAAAGGGCCCGGUCCACCGCGGCAGGUCUGACCAAAAAAACUUAAAACUCCAAAACAAACAAACAAAAAACUGCAUACAGAAGAAACUACUCGUCACUAAAAGUGAUAUUAGCCAGUGUAUACUAUAUUUCUUGUAAUAAAUUUUGUAUUAUAUUUUCCUAAAUGUUCUUCUAUGUUAAAAAGACAAAAAAAGAGUGAGUAUAUCGAUGUAUCUAUAUAUGAAUAUAUGAGAGACGGGCAGGAGGCCGGGCUUGUUGAAGGGAGAGCGGGGGCAGGGGAGCUCAUACACUGGCCCCUCUCCCUUGGGUGACUCUUCUGCUAUCAUUCUGUGCCUUGGCGAGCCUUCGACAUCCUUCCUCAUCCUCCUCUCCUCCUCCUCCUCACCCCCAGCCCCCUACUCAGGUCACACUCCCCCUCCUCCCUCCUUCUCUUAAUCGUAUCCACCUUCCCUCUUCUUCUUCUUCUUCUUGUUCUUCUCCUCCUCUGGCAGUGAUUUCAACACGUGAAACACUUCCACGGAAGAGGACAGACCCUCACUGUUGCUACAGAGAGGAAAGGAAAAAAAAAAGAAAAGAAAAAGAAAGAAGUCCUCUUGGUUUCUAAGGAAACCGCUGUUGUACCACACACCCUUGUCCAGGCACUCCCUGCCCUCUUGAUGCCCACCUGUCUGCCGGUGCCGCCACACACAGACACAAACACACACUGGUGAACUCCCAUGGCAGCUUCCAGUUGCCCCGACAGAUCACCAACGGGGCUCUAAACAUCUGGGCUUGAAGCUUGUUUAUCUCUUUUUUUUUUUUUUUUGGUUUUGUUUAUUUUACUAUUAAUGUAUGUUGACUUUGUGCUUUUCCAGUGGGAGCCACUGGGAUAAAAGAAUAAUCCAAUCAAUGGCAGCUUAAGGUGUUAUCCUCCGAGCUCCCGGUGGUCCGUCCCAAAAAGAAAUAGUGUUACCCACUGAUCAGGGGACCUUUUGACACAGCAAUAUUACCAUCUUGUGCUUUCUGAGGGAGGGAGGGAGGGUGGGCAGGGUUUUACUCUUUUCUUUUUUUUUUUUUUCAAAAAGACAAGCAGGUGGUUUUGUGUUUUACUCUGUGGUGCAUUUAUGGUGACCAACACCUUGUUUCGAUGACUUUUACCUCCUGUCUGCACUCUAUCCAUACACCUCAGGAGGGAAAAAAAACUAAAAGAAAUAUCUAGAAGCAGGUUUUUUUCUCCUCUUCCCCCUCUCCCACCCCAACCAUUGAGAGUUUACACUCAUGUCAAAAGGAUUUGUACAUGACUGUUUGUAGCAAAAAAACAACAAAAAAAAAAAAGUCCUUUUCAGUUUGUCAGUGGAAAUGAACAUCUGAGUAAACUAUUAAUGGCAUAUUCUCUUGCACAGAACCUCCCAGCAAGAAAAAGUGACACAAAGACAGAACGAAGGGGGCCAGAUAUGAGAUUAGAAUUUUUCAGUGCCGUCAUUGAGAAAUGUACAUAGCACACAUAUAUUAUACGAACACACACACUCGGAAUGAGUGUUUAAGAGCAGCUGACUGGAUGUGUUAACAUUUUGUUUGAAUGUUGGGGGGUAACGUGUGUAUGGAAAUUCUUUUAAUGAUGUGCCUUGGAAAACAUUAUUUUCUUUACAAAGAAAAAAAAAAAAAGCAGAGAUUGUAACAUUUAAUGACGACUGUUAAGUCAGUAACAGUUGCUCUUUCUUUCACCCCUUGGAGGGGCUCCCUCAGUGACGCCUGGACCCCUUGAGAGAAAAAGGGGUCAAAGGAAACGUCAGAGAGCGAGCACGGACAAGGUUUGCCAUUUGUUUUCAUGUUGCCGUUGCACAGAGAUUCGCUUGGUUGCUGCGAGCGCAGGAGCUGGUGAAUGCCAGCAGGCGGAGAUGAAAGGCAGAAAGCGGCCGGUGAGGUUCAGACAGUCACCACAGAGAGGCACCGAUACCUGUGCUCCGACGAAACCAGAAGCACACUGAGCCUGCUGAUCCACAGCGCUCAUUAAAAAAAAGCAAA